GCCGACGCUCUCCAUAAAUACGAGCCCCCAGUCUUCUCCUCUCCUCCUACGUGCAACCGCUCGCGAAAAGCCAGUGCGACACAGCGGCGGCGGCGAGAUCGUCUGCGUCUUCUUCGCCGUCGUCGUGGUCUCCGUUCUGCUUCGUUUUUUUACCGGUCUCCAUGGACAACAACGCCGAGGCAGCGAAUGACGGCGCCGGCGCCGGCGAGCGGCGGCGGCUGCCGGACUUCCAGCAGUCGGUGCGGCUCAAGUACGUGAAGCUGGGGUACCACUACCUCAUCACCAACGGCGUGUACCUCCUCCUGACGCCGCUCAUCGCCCUCGUCGCCGUCCACCUCUCCACGCUCACCGCCGGCGACGUCGCCGGCCUCUGGUCGCACCUCCGCUUCAACCUCGUCUCCGUCGUCGCCUGCACCACCCUCCUCGUCUUCCUCUCCACCGUCCGCUUCCUCACCCGCCCGCGCCCCGUCUACCUCGUCGACUUCGCCUGCUACAAGCCGCCGCCGGAGCGCCGGUGCAGCCGGGACGCCUUCAUGCGGUGCUCCAGGCUCGCCGGAUGCUUCACCGCCGCCAGCCUCGACUUCCAGCGCAGGAUCGUCGAGCGCUCGGGCCUCGGCGACGACACCUACCUCCCCGCCGCCGUGCUCCGGGAGCCGCCCAACCCGAGCAUGGCGGAGGCGCGGCGCGAGGCCGAGGCCGUCAUGUUCGGCGCCGUCGACGACCUCCUCGCCAAGACCGGCGUGAGCGCCAAGGAGAUCGGCGUCCUCGUCGUCAACUGCAGCCUCUUCAACCCGACGCCGUCGCUGUCCGCCAUGGUGGUGAACCACUACAAGCUCCGCGGCAACAUCGUCAGCUACAACCUCGGCGGCAUGGGCUGCAGCGCCGGCCUCCUCGCCAUCGAUCUCGCCAAGGACCUCCUCCAGGUGCACCGAAACUCGUACGCGCUCGUCAUCAGCAUGGAGAACAUCACGCUCAACUGGUACUCCGGCAACGACCGGUCGAUGCUGGUGUCCAACUGCCUCUUCCGGAUGGGCGGCGCGGCGAUCCUGCUGUCGAACAGGUGGUCGGAGAGGCGCCGGUCCAAGUACGAGCUGGUGCACACGGUGCGGACGCACAAGGGCGGCGACGACAAGUGCUUCGGUUGCGUCACCCAGGAGGAGGACGGCGAGGGCAAUGUCGGCGUCGCGCUGUCCAAGGACCUCAUGGCGGUCGCCGGCGACGCGCUGAAGACGAACAUCACGACGCUGGGUCCCCUCGUCCUGCCGCUGUCGGAGCAGCUCCUGUUCAUGGCGACGCUGGUCGCCAAGAAGCUGCUCAAGAUGAAGAACGUCAAGCCCUACAUCCCCGACUUCAAGCUGGCGUUCGAGCACUUCUGCGUGCACGCCGGCGGCAGGGCGGUGCUGGACGAGAUCGAGAAGAACUUGUCGCUGGGGGAGUGGCAGAUGGAGCCGUCACGGAUGACGCUGUACAGGUUCGAAAAACACGACCUGGUUUGGGAACACGUCGAGCAGCUCGCUGUGGUACGAGCUGGCGUACAGCGAGGCGAAGGGGAGGGUGAGGAGGAGGGACAGGGUGUGGCAGAUCGCGUUCGGGUCCGGGUUCAAGUGCAACAGCGCGGUGUGGAGGGCGCUCCGGUCGGUGGACCCGGAGGAGGAGGCGCUGAAGAAGAACCCGUGGAUGGAUGAGAUCGAUCGGUUCCCCGUGGUUGUUCCCAGGGUGUCCAGGAUUUCAACCGACUGAGCUUGAAUAGAUUAAUUUGGUGCUCCUUUGGAAUUGGCACUUUUGUUAGGUGGAUGCACCAAGGUGAUUACGGAUUGUUGGGUUUUGUGGUACUUGCAAAUUGUUUUUGAUCUUUUAAUCUAUUGUUAGGGUAGGAACAGGAGUGUGUUGUUGUGUCUGUCUUGUGGUUGUACGUUCACCACUUCAGCUUGGGUGUGUGAUCAGUCCUCCAAAUUUUCUGAUUAUGGACCAAAUUUGGCGAAUUUUGAUUGGACGACAUCUUUUGUGUUUCUUAUGAGA